ACAAAUGUCAUAUUCUGGCGAUAAAUUGAGAGGUCCUUGUACCUCAUAUCUGCAGAAUUAAUAACAGUUUAUUCUAAAGACGAUGUUACAGAAUUCUCAUCCAGCUGCAUAGUGUUAUUUUAGCUAUAUGCUUAGAAAUUUAUGCUAAGUUGGAACCUGGUGUGCUGUGAUGCGUGCACCGUGAUGGCGGCGCGGUGAGGCGCGGCGCGGCGCCGGCAUGGCGGACGAGGCGGGCGCCGACGUCGGCCAGAGCGACGCCGUGCUGCUGGCGCCGCUCACCGAGGACUCGUUCCUGCACAACCUGCACGUGCGUUACAAGCGGGACAUCAUUUACACAUAUGUUGGCAACGCGUUGGUGUCAGUGAAUCCAUGCCGCGCGCUGCCGCAGUACUCCGCCGAGCUGGUGCGCGCCUACCUCGCGCGCCCGCCCUACCAGCUGCCGCCCCACCUAUACGCGAUAACGGCAACCGCUUACCGCUGGGUGCGCGACCGCAACGAGAGCCAGUGCAUCGUGAUCACGGGCGAGAGCGGCGCCGGCAAGACCGAGGCGGCGCGCGUGUGCCUGCAGUGCGCCGUGGUGGCCGGCGGCGGCGCGGGCGGCCAGGGCGGCCAGGGCGGCCAGGGCGGCCAGGGCGGCCAGGGAGCCCGGCCCGACCAGGGCGGCGCGCUGGCCGCCGCCGGCACGCUGCUCGAGGCCUUCGGCAACGCCGCCACCGCCAGGAAUCAUAACGCCAGUCGAUUUGGCAAGCUGCUGGACAUCGAGUUUGAUUUCAAGGGCGAGCCCGUGGGCGGACAUAUAACGCACUACUUAUUGGAAAAGGAGCGAGCGAGCGGAGCAUUAGAGGGAGAGCGCAACUUCCACGUGUUGUACCAGCUGCUGGCCGGGGCCGAGCCACAUCUGCUCACAUACUUAUUCGCAGAGAGACUGAAACUCCAGCGGUCGUGGGAGCACUACGCGGUGCUGCGGGGCUGCGGCGCCGCGCCCGCGCCGGCGCCCUGCUCCCCGCGCCGCACGCCGCCGCCGCCGCCGCCGCCGCCGCCCGGCGUCCGCGAGCACGCCGACAAGGACCACUUCCAGUUCACCAAGGCGGCGAUGGCGAGACUCGGUCUGAGCGCCAGCGAGUGCGGCGGCGUCCUGCGCCUGCUGGCCUUCCUGCUGAAGCUGGGCAACGUGCAGUUCGAGCCCACCACCACCAUCGACGGCGCGCUCGCCACCUGCCUCCACCACGAGUACGAGCUGCGCGAGGCGUGCGCGCUGGUGGGCGUGGAGGCGGCGGCGCUGGCGGCCGCGCUGGGCGCGCCGCCGCCCGGCGAGCCCGGAGACCACUCGCCCGAAUGCGAGACAGGGGAAGAGGAGAGCUCCAGCGCCAGCGGGUCGGGCUGCGCGCGGGGGGGAGGGCAGGGCGCAUGCGCGGGCUGCGGGCAGUGCGGCGGCGCCGGCGCCGAGUGGGCGCGCGCGCGCCGCGACCGCCUGCUGCAGGCGCUGUACGCGCGCCUGUUCGCCUGGCUGCUCGCCCGCGUCAACGACGCUAUCAAGCCGGCGGAGCCCGGCAAGCGUCGCUCCCUCGGCAUCCUCGACGUGUACGGCUUCGAGGCGCUCGCGCAGAACGGGCUCGAGCGUCUGCUCAUCAACUACGCGGCCGAGCGACUCCAGGCGGCCGUCACCAACGCGACGCUCCGCCGGGAGCAGGAGGAGUACGCCCGCGAGCAGCUCGCCUGGACGCCGCUGCCGUACCGCGACCACGAGCAGCACGCCGACCUGCUGGACGCGGGCCCGGACAGCGUGCUGGGCUGCCUGCGCGAGGCGGGCGCCGGCGAUGCCGGCUUCAUCGCGCGCUUGCAGCGGCGGCGCCACCCACACCUGCGGGUUUUACCGCCCGACCACUUUCAAGUGACCCACUUCGCCGGGCCCGUGGUGUACAGCGCGCGCGGCAUGGUGAGCAAGAACCGCGACGUGGUGUGCCGCAGCUGCUGCGCCGCGCUGGCGGCCGCGCGCGAGCCGCUGCUGGCGGCGCUCUUCCCGCCCGAGCGCGCCGCGCCCAACCCCAGAGGUCAGACGUCUCACCGGGAACAGUUUCGUUCGUUAACAUUGUUAUAUUCACGGCAGGUUCGCCUCGUCGUCCGGCGGCGCUGGCGUGCCGGCAGCGCGCGCUGGUGGGUGCGCUGCUGCGGCGGCUGCCGGCCGCGCCGCGCCUUGUGCGCUGCCUGCGCGCCGACCCCGCGCUGCGCCCGCACCGGUUCGACACCGCGCUGCUGCGCCACCAGCUGCGCACCCAGGGGUGAGUGUCGCCUGUUGCUACACACGGUGCUAGUGUUGCUGCUGCGGCGGCUGCCGGCCGCGCCGCGCCUGGUGUGCUGCCUGCGCGCCGACCCCGCGCUGCGCCCGCACCGGUUCGACACCGCGCUGCUGCGCCACCAGCUGCGCACCCAGGGCAUCAUGGACAUGGCGCUGCUGCGGCGCGCGGGCUGGUGCGAGGCGUGGUGCGCGCGCGGCGUGGUGGCGCGCUACGGGCUGCUGGCCGCGCAUGCGCAGCGCGCCGAGCCCGCCGACCCCGUGCGCGCCGCCCGAGCGCUGCUGCGCAAGCUGCCCAUCCCCAGCGCGGAGUUCGCCUACGGCAGGACGAAGGUCUUCAUACGGAGCCCGAGGACUGUUUGGGAGCUAGAAGCGUUACGGUCAGCGAGAGUAGAGGAACUAAUCCGAGCGGUGCAAGCGGCGUGGCGGAGACACAGGCAGAGGAGACGAGCGCGCGCGCAGCGCGUCAUCGCACGCGCGUGGCGCGCCAGCCGCGCGCGGCGCGCGCAGCCCGGCCGAGCGAGUCAGCCGAGGCUGACGGGAGAAAGUGCUCCGGCCCCAGUGUGCGCGCGCACCGCGGCCGCAGCGAGCAUCUGGCGCUGGUGGAGCACGACGGCGCGGCGCCAGUACCUGGCGGGGCUGUGGCGGCGGCUGCCGGCGCGCCACCGCAGCCCGCUGUGCGCCGCCUGGCCCGCGCCGCAGCGCCCGGCGCUGCUCGCCCGCACCGACGCGCUGCUGCGGAGACUGCACCACAGGUGGCGGUGCCAGGUGUACCGUCAGGCCUUCGAUCAGACGGCCAGAAACAGGAUGCGGGAGAAGGUGACGGCGUCGGUGCUGUUCAAGGAGCGCAAGGCGCGCUACGGCGCGUCGGUGGCGCACCCGUUCGUGGGCGACUACGUGCGCCUGCGCGCCUCGGGCGCCUGGCGCCGCGGGCCCGCCGCGCCGCACGACCGCUACGUCGUGUUCGCCGACGUCGUCGGCAAGGUGGCACGUUCAUCAGGGCGCGUGGCUCGCUGCCUCGCCGUGCUGAGCACGGCGGCGCUGCUGCUGCUGGACGCGCGCUCGCUGCGCGUGAAGCGGCGCGUGCCGGCGCACGCCGUGUACAGGCUGUCGCUGUCGCCGCACGCCGACGACCUUCUCGUGGUGCACGUGCGCGCGUGUGCCAGCGGCGCGACGGCGGGCGACAGUUCGGGCGAGGAGCUGUCGCAGUGCUCGUCGCGCGACGCGCCGCUCGCGCCAGGGUGCCUUUUUGCGGGCGAGGGCGCGUGGCGGCGGCGCGGCGACCUGGUGCUGCGCACGUGCCACGUGCUGGAGCUGGCCACCAAGCUGUUCCUCGUCGUGCAGAACGCCGUCGGACAGACGCCGCACGUCAACAUCGCCUCCGAGUGAGUAUAUAACAUGAUACUCCAGGGCGAGGGCGCGUGGC